AUGGGUUGUGUUCAAUGCAAAUGUUGUAGCCGAUAUCCACCUUCAUCAUCAUCAGGAGAUUCUCAUAGACGUGGCAGAGACGCUAAGGUCAAACCUAGCGUCGUCGUUCAGAAGCCUCUCUCAUCAACGAUCCAAGUCCCUUCUCCCAAUUUCGACUUGGUUUACUCUGUUCUCUCUCAACGAGGGUACUACCCUGACUCGCCUGAUAAGGAGAAUCAAGACGCGUACUGCAUCAAAACCGAGCUACAAGGCAACCCUAACGUUCAUUUCUUCGGCGUCUUCGAUGGUCACGGCGUGUUCGGCACGCAAUGCUCGAGUUUCGUUAAGGAGAGAGUCGUUGAGAUGUUGUCUGAAGACCCUACUCUGCUUCAAGAUCCAGAGAAGGCUUAUAAGUCUGCUUUCUUGAGGGUUAACGAGGAGUUACACGAGAGCGAGAUCGAUGAUUCGAUGAGUGGUACUACUGCUAUUACGGUUCUUGUCGUUGGAGACAAGAUUUAUGUUGCUAAUGUAGGUGACUCGAGGGCCGUGUUGGCUGUUAAAGACAGGAACAGGAUCUUAGCAGAGGAUUUGUCUUAUGAUCAAACACCUUUUAGGGAAGAUGAAUGCGAGAGGGUGAAAGCGUGUGGAGCAAGAGUGAUGAGUGUUGAUCAAGUUGAAGGGUUGAAAGAUCCGAGUAUACAAACAUGGGCUAAUGAAGAGAGUGAAGGAGGUGACCCGCCUAGGCUUUGGGUACAGAACGGGAUGUAUCCAGGAACGGCGUUUACUAGAAGCGUUGGAGAUCAUACAGCUGAGGGGAUUGGUGUGACUUCAGAGCCUGAAGUGUCUAUGGUUAAUCUUUCGCCGAAUCAUUUGUUCUUUGUUGUUGCAAGUGAUGGGAUCUUUGAGUUUCUUCCAAGCCAAGCUGUUGUUGAUAUGGUGGGGAGAUAUGCUGAUCCGAGAGAUGGAUGUGCAGCAGCUACAGCGGAAUCAUACAAACUGUGGUUGGAGCAUGAGAAUAGGACUGAUGAUAUCACAAUUAUCAUUGUACAGAUUAAAAACCUGUCUAAUGAAUGAUGAUGAUGGCAUGAUUCAAUAUUCCUAUUUGCCGCCUUUGUUUGUUUGUUGUAUACUCUUACUAUGUCACAUAUUCAUCAUAUAUAUAGCAAGUAAAAGUAAUGCUCUCUGUUUAUAUCUAGUUACUGAGAGACAGAACAUCAAGAGCUGAAAACAGCAGAUUAUUACUGUGGAGACACUAUGUUCUGUGUGAGGGAUAAUCUUUGAUAAUAGCAAUCGACUUGCUGCUGAAUGUUGUAUCCUGACUUGAUGUGUUAACUGAUUUAAUCUGAGAACAUAAAUGACCUUCC